AUGUCUCCAAUGGGGGGUUCCCAAGAUGCUGAUGAUGAUAUUGAUCCUUUCCUGUCAGAACCCAUUAUCUGGCCUACCCCAACAGUUCAGUCAGACAUCUCCCUUGGUAUGGCUGCCAUUGCUGAAGGUGAUGACACACCAUGUCCUGGGCCUGGACUCUCUCCCCCCCCUCUCAAUACCCUGGCAGCACCAUCCAAGACCCCUCCCAGCAGACCCUCUCCCCCCCCUCUCAAUACUGUGGCAGCACCAUCCAAGACCCCUCCCUGUGGACCCUCUCCCCCCCCUCUUAAUACUGUGGCAGUGCCAUCCAAGCCACCUCCCCACCAACCUUCUGUACCCCCUCUCAAUUCUGUGGCAGUGUUGUCCAAGCAACUUCCUGGUUUAUCAGUGCCCAUAGUUCACAAGCCACAUUCUACAUCAGUGCUGACUUGCACCCAUGGUUUGGCUCCAUCUUUGGCUCUGGAUAGGUUUGGCUUUGGGCCUACAGAGAGUUUCAUUACUGUCAACAAUACUUCCAAGAUCAUUCCACCUUCUGAUACAUCAUCAAUUACUUGUCCAGAGUCACCCACUCCUUGUUGCACCACUUCCAGCCCUUCGCAAGGACACAAUCAGCUAUCACCUCUACCCUCUCAAGAAAACAUGCUUAGUGUUGAGACUGAUGGGCAUGAUGGGGAUGGCAACAACAGUCUAUAUACUUGUGGGAGGUUGCUGGCCACCACUAUAGAUGAAUUCGAUGAGGGCUUUCAGCAGAACCCAGAAUCCAAACUUGCCUGGCUCCCUCAGGGCGACUACACAAUCGAAGGGAGCCCCUCCAUAGAUAUUAGGAAGCAGUGUUAUGCAUGUUUCAAAGAAGUAUACUCAGAAAACUAUAUUGACAUCCUGGAAACAUGGAAGGAGUCAGAAGAACUGCAAGAUUUAGGUAGAAGAGUUGCUCAGCAUCAGCAACUUUUCAACAAACUCUCAAAAGUGCAUGGGAUCAAAGGCAUGUACAUGUCAGCUGGGAAGAUCAUGAACCAAGAUGUUGGACUUGCCCAUGCCUUCACUACAGCAGGCACUGAAGGAUUCUUUUGUGCUCAUUGUCAUGUGGAUACUGAUGAAAUCAUCAGGCAUUUCAAGGAACAUAUAUACAACAAGGUGUUUCUUGACAGUUUGGCUGAAGUCUUUGAAGACCACACCAAAGAAGCUAAGGAGGUAGUCACUUGUGGAGGAAAAGGGAAACAACAUGCUGUCAAUGUCAAGAAGGAUCAGUCUGACAACAAAUCAAACAACAUCUUUGAAAGCUUAUUGGUGCAUCCUUCCAAUAUUAGCUUUCCUAGUCAUCUAACAAUUCUUAAAGAAAACUUUGGAUUCAAAUGGGCAUCCAAAAAGCUAUUUCCCUGGAAGUCUCUCCCAAAUCAGCUGGCAGGCAGCACACUCAUCAUGUAUAACUGGCCAGCAGAUGUUAUCUUCCCAGGUGAGGAAUGCUGUGGCAAGGUGUCUGGGAAAGGGAUCUUGGACCUCACACAUGCAGACUGUUCUAAGCUUAUUGCUGCACUUGUGGACACUAGCAAAAGCAAACUCUGCAUCCAGCACAACCCCAAAAACAAAACUAUAGCAAAUCUGCUCACAUCCAAGAGUCCAGUUAUCAUCAGUGCCCUGCCAUCAUUUGACUUGAAACUGCCAAGGGGAAAGUGGAUCUUCUGUAGUCUCACAGUUGACCACCUCGGACUGGCUCAACUCCUUGAUCAAUCUGCCACAUGCAUCAAGAAGACUAAGCUGAAGAAGGCUGCACCUGCCAGAGGUGAUGUCAAGAAGGGAAACUCGGCUGCCAUCAACACUUCUGACAGUGUCAAAGAGGUUCCUGUGGCCAAGCCUGGUACUUCCACCACCACCUCUGGGACACAGCUCGUGGGUAUAUUGCAUCCUCAACAGUCUUCCAAGUCAAAAAUCACAAUGACUUCUGAACUUGUCAUCUCCAACAAUAGCUCAAUCUCUGAAAGUUUCCAGGACAGUGAGAUGGAUAUAGACAAUGGUGAGGUUGAAAGGAAUGGUGCUGAGGACAGUGACUCUGACUAUGCACAAGAACCAUUGUCAUUCUUAGGGAAUCUGUCCAGUGCUGGACAGCUCUGGACAGCUCUGGCCAGCAAAAAGGAUGCUUCUGUGUGGAGAGGUACUCAAUCUGAUGUUCCACUGGAUGCUCACAAGGAGUCUGUUCAGACUGCAUGGGUGCUCACCCCUCUAAUUAUGCCUGACUCUGCUCAUCAUACUGACAUUCCCAGUUCCACAAAGGAACAUACUUCAUGCAAUGUUUGGGAUGCUCACAAGGAGGCUGUCAAUGUUCCAAAGGUGAUCAUCCCUACUAUUACCCUGGGUGGCUCUGUUGAUUGCGAUAUCUCGCCUACUGACUCUGAUAAUCUUAUGCUGGACACUUCUGGGAUGUCCUACAGCAUUCCCAACAACUUAUCUGAUGCUCCUGGAACUGUAGGCGGCAAUAGCACUUGCUCACAUGAUACUCCUGGAGUGACAGGCAAUAGUUUUAGAGCCCUGAAAUCAGUUAUGCUGGCUGCAAGAAGCCCAGAUACUUGUGAUGCUGCUGACCUUUUUACUGGACAGGGUGAUGGACCAACUGCCCCCUCAGACAUGGACUUCUUCUCCCAUUGUAUGAGCAACACCACUGCUGGAUCAGGUUCAUUGAUUCCACAGCCAUCCCACUUAGAACCCCCAGCAAUCUACAUCAAUCUGCCAACAACAAGUCAAGCAGAGCGCCCAAGGCCUUGUGUUGUCCAGGGUGGAACCCAUUCAGGUGAUGAGCCUGAACCAUUUAACCUUCAGCACUGGGCAUUUCCCAAGUUGGAUGAGCCAGGAUUAUCUGGCAAGUGUCCAUCUAUGGUGUCUGCAAGACUUUUGGCUGCUGAGGAAGGUCAUUUGCCCACAAUUAAAGGAGAAGCUGAUGGUCCCCAGGGAAGCAAUCAUGAUCCCAGUGCUUCCCAAGUCCCCUCCACCAACAGCACAGGGCAUCCAAACUAUGGUGCCCAACAUGCUGCUGUCACUUGUGGGCCAGGUUACCAUUUUGGUGGUAAUGUUCACCAUGACCUUGCACCACCUGGAUGA